AUGAUCAUAGCAGGUAAACACUGCGCCAUCGUCGGCGCAACAGGCACGAUCGGCACCGCCAUAGCCAGAGCUUUCGCCUCCAAGGGUGCCGUCCUCUCCCUCCUGGGCCGUACAGCUCUAGACAUGCAGUCCAAGAUGGAACCUACCCUCUCGACCACCGUCCUCAAGCGUACUCCUGACGCUGAGCUGUCUGACAUCCUCGGCACCAAUCUGACUGCUACUAUGCUCGUGUGCAAAUACGCCAAGGUUCAAGAUUGGGGCUGCAUCGUCAACGUCUCCAGCCUCAUGGCGAAUAGACCUGCCGCCGGAGCAGCUGCUUAUGCUGCCGCCAAGGCAGGCGUAAUUCCAGGUCUCACAAGUGCCCUCUGCCUCGAAAUGGCCACCCGUUCCAUCCGUGUAAAUGCCUUGCUACCAGGCUGGGUUGAAAGCCCCAUGUGGGACAAUUUGCGGCCGACCCUCAAGGAGAAGUAUCUUCAGAAUACCCCGGCUCGUCGUGCAGGAACACCCGACGAAGUCGCCGACGCUGCCGUGUUUCUGGCUUCCAACGACUUCGCCAACAAUUGCGUCUUGAACCUCGACGGGGGCUUGAGCGCUGCGUGA